CAUGCAAAUUGCGACUGGCUCGCACUCGCUGCCAGGCCAAUUUCACGUUUGAUAUCGCCGUGGAUACCUACCCGCUCCCUUCGGUCGUAGCCGUUGCUCUGAAUAAGGGCGGCGAGUGCUCCCCCAGGCCCUCGCUCCGUUCCGUUUCAGCCUCGAAUCCCGAUCAACACCAGCCCAAUCUCACGUCUGACGCACCCCAGACUCCACGAGCCAUGUGCAAGCACGUCCUCAACGCCCAGGUCGCCAUCCGCAGCCCCUGCUGCAAGAAAUGGUUUGACUGCGCCGAGUGCCACCAGGAGACGGCCGACCACCCGCUGCAGAAGACGACCGAGAUGGUCUUUGCCUGCAAGAAGUGCAAGAAGUGCUUCCGCAAGAACGCAGAGGAGUUUGAGGAGAGUGACGAAUAUUGCCCCCACUGCGACAACCACUUUGUCAUCGACGCCGUCACCCCGCAGCCCAGGCUCGAGGUCGAGGGCGAGGACGUCCGGAAAGACGCCAGAAUGCUCAAGGACGAGCGCGUGAAGCAGGAGGAGCUGAGGACUAUCUUCGAUGUAAAGGACGCACCCGACCGUCUGGGUUAAUCGUCGCGGCAUAACUGCAAAGCCCGCAUUCGGCAGCGAGGAUCAUAAGUGACUAGCAUGGCGCGGCGUUUUUGAUCAUAGGGCAGGAGUAAACGGGCAAGCGAUAAUGGGCGGUAUACCAAGUGAGCCAGAACCGGCUCCGCAAAGCUUCACGCUGCAAAAGGUAAAUGUUUUGACACUACCGUCCAUGCCUUCUGCAGUACCUUGAUAAGACGUGCUCGAGAACUUCUCUAUCAUAAACGCCAUUGCCCGCAACCACCCCCUGGACCAUGCCUAUUCUAAGGCUGGCUCUGUCCCUCGCCGGAUGGGCGCGUGAGGAUAGCGGCAGUGCCGGUGCCUGGGGUCCUACCGGUCCGUCUCGUCUGGGCCUCCUCCUGCUUCUCCGUGUUGAUGCUCUCGACGUACCUCUCGAUGUCC